AUGUCAGGAGUUGAUGAUUGGGCUUACACUCGUGCAUUUUAUUUCAUAUUGAAGCAUUUUUACGAGCUCACUAUACAAGUAUCAGAUUCUUCAUAUGUGACUUGUAAUACGUUUCUUAAUGAGAUUAGUAUGGUUCACUACAUAUUACACGAUUAUGAAAACAAUGAUGAUCUGCAUAUAUGUGACAUGGCAAGAAGAAUGAAAAGAAAACAUGACAAAUAUUGGGGUGAUAUAGAAAAAAUGAAUAAACUGAUCUUUAUAUCAGCUAUCAUUGAUCCUCGUCAAAAGAUAGAUUAUGUCAGUUUCACUUUAAAGGAAAUGUACGUUGAAGAAAUUGGGGCUAGAAUGAGCAUGCAAGUGAAACAAGAUAUGUAUGAACUGUACAAUGCAUACAAAAAUGAGUUGAAUCCAUCUAGUGAUACUAAUGAAAUAGUUCAAUUAAGUGUAUUGUUAUCUCAGUCAACUUCAAUGGAAGACACAAUGAUGUUGCGUUAUAAGAGGCAUAAGAUGGGAACAUUAGGUGAAGAAAAGAAAUAUGAAUUCGAAAAAUAUUUAAAUGAAGACACUAAGAAAGAUGUUGAUGGAUUUAGUGUUUUGGGAUAG